AUGGCGAGCACCUCAGGGCACAUAGACAUGGAGAAGUUUAAUACUUCCAGUUUCAAACUAUGGAAACUCAAGAUGGAAGACUUACUGGUCAACCAAGAUCUUUGGAUUGUUGUGAUUGCAACUGCUAUGCCUACAGGAAUGAAGCAAGAAGAUUGGGACUUAGCCGACCGGAAGGCUUCUGUCCAGCAAACCAAGCAGAGGCAACAACGCAUUUGGUCUAUCAAUGCUUCUCUUGCAUCCUUGACGAGGGAAAAGGGGCCCCAAAUGAUUCAUGGAGAUCCAGAAACGGCAAAGGCAAGAGGGCAGCCUCUCAAGUCCUUAAUUUCUCCCAAACCCACCAUUAGUGAUAGUUCUUUGAAGCUCACCCAUGUUCUCUAUAAUCUUUGUCAUCCAGAACUUUAUGAGCAGGCUAUAAAGUAUGAGAAAGGGUCCUUCAUCACUUGUACUGGUGCUCUAGCUACCAUGUCUGGUGCAAAAACAAACAGAUCACCAAAAGACAAAAGGGUUGUGAGGGAAGAGACAUCUGAACAGGAUCUAUGGUGGGGAAGUGGUUCUCCAAACAUUGAGAUGGAUGAACAAACAUUUUUUGUCAACAGAGAGAGAGCUGUUGAUUAUCUGAAUUCAUUGGACAAGGUGUUUGUGAAUGAUCAAUUCCUCAACUGGGAUCCAGAGCACAGGUUAAAAGUGAGGAUUAUCUCUACAAGAGCCUAUCAUUCCCUCUUCAUGCAUAACAUGUGUAUCCAACCAACACUAGAAGAACUGGAGAACCUUGGUGUACCAGAUUUCACCAUCUACAAUGCAGGCCAAUUCCCAUGCAACCGAUACACACACUACAUGACCUCAUCCACAAGCAUAGAUCUCAACUUCAAACGUAGAGAAAUGGUGAUCCUUGGCACUCAAUAUGCUGGGGAGAUGAAGAAGGGCCUCCUCUCAUUCAUGCACUACCUCAUGCCAAAGAGAGGGAUACUCUCAUUGCACUCUGGAUGUAACAUGGGCAAGGAAGGAGAUGUUACACUUUUCUUUGGAUUGUUAGGAACUGGAAAGACAACUCUUUCUACAGACCAUCAGAGGGAACUCAUAGGAGAUGACGAGCAUUGUUGGAGUAAUAAUGGUGUGUCUAAUAUUGAAGGAGGCUGCUAUGCAAAAUGCAUUGACCUGUCAGAGGAGAAGGAGCCUGAUAUUUGGAAUGUCAUUAAGUUUGGAACAGGUAGCAUACUAAUCCUACCAAAUAUUUAA